AUGCCAUCACAAAAGACCCUCGACGAUCUCGGCGACUGGGUCGUGCUCCUCGAGCCAGAUCAAAACAUUGACCGUCGACAAUGCUCGCGUCAAGUUCCGAUGCAAGUUUUGUCACUAGGUGCACCUCGAACUGGCACCUUGAGCAUGGCUUCGGCUUAUAAAGUCCUUGGCAUACCUUCUUAUCAUUUUGCGAGCAUUGUCAUCAAUUCUCGCGAUGCCGACAUGUGGCUCGAAGCAAUCGAUGCCAAAUACAACCCAGACAGCCGACGGCCAGGAUUCACACGACGCGACUUCGACCAGCUACUGGGACACGUAGGGGCGACAACCGACGCUCCAACAAUCCUGUUCUGGCAGGAACUGAUAGCAGCUUAUCCCGAGGCCAAAGUGGUGCUGGUUGAGCGCGACAAGGAGAAAUGGCUGAAGAGUAUCCGAGUGCUAUUCAGCGAAUCCUUGAAUCCGGUUGGAAGGUAUGUGUUGCGGUACACUGACCCCGGUCGGACUGGCCGGAUCCUAAAUUGUGGUUUCGCAUGGUUCGGGAGUUGGCUCGGUGUGAAGGAGCGUGAUAUGACGGUUGACUCCUUGAUGCAGAAAGCUCGUGGAGUUUAUCAGAAACAUUAUGCAGAUAUUCGUGCGACUGUGCCGCCGGAAAAUCUGCUGGAAUAUAAGCUGGGAACUGGGUGGGAGCCGUUAUGCCGAUUUCUAGGAAAGGACAUUCCCGAUGUGCCGUUUCCCCAUGUCAAUGAUGCGAAGACUUUGCAAGCUGGCUUUGAGCAGUUGAUUUUGGGCGGGCUGAAGCGAUCAGCAAUCAAUCUGGCUCUGUUCGCUGGAGUAGGCACGGCAAUAUGGCAGAUGUUCAAGCUGUUGAGAUGA